AUGGCCGAGACGCCGCUACCGAUCAUCGCCGAGGGGGCGGUAGACGCUAUCUCGAUGGACGAGGGCAGGUCGACCAUCCUGGCGCUAGAUACGAUAAAGCGAUUCAGUCAAGCCUUGGAAACCAAUAAUGCAACUGCCUUAGAGGGCUGCUUCUACGCGGACCAGGCCUAUUGGAAAGACCUGUUGGCACUCACAUAUCACUUGCGAACGUUUCGCCAAGCCGGUCCUAUUGCUGCUAGUCUUAUAGAGACUAAGAACCUCCGUGGCGUUUACCACAUUGAGCUUGAUGGUGAAGCUCGUUUUGCAACAGUUGGCCCAACACUUGUGAGUUUAUCCUCGUUCGAUGGGUUGGACUAG